AUGGCUCAAAUUCGUGCCACGGCGGAAGCAGCUCGCUUUGAAGCUGAAAGACGGCUCAAGCACCAAGGGUCGGCUCGAGUGGCCCUCGACUCGAUCGAGCUCACGCAAAGAGUUGAUCGGAAGCGAGUCGAGCACCUGAAAUUCGUCUUCGGAAAAGAGGGAUGCAGACCAGAACACAUCGUCAAUCAUGCACUUCUUUCUAUUGACAAGUCCACGUUGCAUGAAGCCCUCAAAGAGUCCGGGAUAUCCCCAGCCGCUCUUUUGGUACAUGGGAAUUCUGCGUACCCUGUCCUUCGCUUGCCACGCGGCAAGAAGCUGAUGUGUUUACACGGUAAUCAUCGGAUCCAGGCCGGCAAAGAACAUUUGUCUGUUCGUGACCAGUGGUGGAUUGUCGACCUAUACCUGGCAGAUAUAAAUCGUGAUGUGGCGCAAUUCCUGAUCGAGGAAUACGCCAACGAAGCCGAUCCCACCGACGGUGAAGUAUACUGCAAAAUCAGGAAAUACCACUUUGAACGUAAUCUCAACUUCGAAAGGCGUUGGUGGGCCCGCCUGAAGGGUAGCCGUCCACGCAGUCUCCAGAGGCUGCUUCGACACGACGAGAUUCGAUCUGCUUUCGACAACCUGCUAGAUAUUCCCGGGCAGUGGUAUGGUAUGCAGCUGACAACAGUCAACAAAAUGAUGGGGAUGAAUUUUGAAGAGGGGAUCGUUAACGCACUGAAUCAUAUACGAUGGUUCUGGCACGACUUACUAGACGGAGAUAUCGAUGCCAUGCGCCAGGUUAAUGACAUCGAUGUCAAAGCGCUUGAGUCGCUUGCCCCAGGGGCAUCACAGCAUGAUUUUGAGGCAAUCGAACGUCAAGUUCGGGGGGGCAAUAUUUUUGGCAGCCUUGACCAAGUGCGGCGUGCUGAUAUACUGGAGCGUCUGCGUAGAUCCUCCGGCUUGGUUCCAACUCUCCGCUCGUUCUUCCACGAUAUCAAUUACUGGGACGUAUGUCUCGGCGGUCUCCUGCAUCUCUUUUCACCAUCGCAUCGAGAUACCAUGAUUUCGGCCAUGCAAAGCCACUUCACUGGAAUCAAUCAAAGAGACGGUUUUGUUAUGAUUCAGAGUGGUGAAGGCACUUUCAUAGCCGCUGCCGGUGCGGAAGCUGAUCAGGUUGAGUAUGGAUAUCGACAACUGUUCGUUUUCGUGAUGCGGCACUUUAAAUAUCUUCCACGCCCGACAAAGCGUGGGGAUCUCUCGUGCAAACCUCGGGCAACAGCUGACCCGGCUGUACUUCACCAGUUUGCCAGUCUUGCGCAGCGACUGGGAUUUGAGUCACCCGAAAUUGAAUCGAUACUACUCACGCGGCCAGAUCGAGAGCCAGAAGUUCUUGGAUAUUGCAAUACACCGGCCUUUGUCCGUCCAGGAUCUGGAGAAGAGUGUCGGCAGAGAAGUGGAAUACCGCCUCUCUCGACCUUCCGGGAAGAUCGAACCUCGUUAUACCUCCAUUUUCUCGACAAAGAGCAGAACGAAAACAACGAAGGUAUCACCUCGUUCUAUGUUCGUCAGUCUGUGUAUCUGCAAUUCUUGGGUCGGUCGAAUGGCGGAGUGAUUUUACCGGAAGCGAGUGGCCCCUCAGCGACCCCACCACAACGACCGUACGAGGUGGCUAAUUUCCAUGACGAAGCUGGACCUGGGGAAGUCGGACGCGAAGAAGCUGGAUCUGAAGAAGAUUGGGGUGGAGAGAACGGACGUGAAGGAAAUGGCCGUGGAGAAGAUAGACGUGACUCUUGGACUCCUAUCGUCUACGACGAAAUGAAUAGUGACGCAGACCCAUCUACAUCAGGACCGGCUCUUGGAGGACGAAUACUUGGAAGCCCUGAUAACGAAGGUCCAGAGAUGCUAGAGACACCCGAUUCAGAUACUGUGGCAGUUUCCUUCAAGAUCCUAGACAACGGAACUUGGCGAGAUGUGCAAACAUUGCAAGUUUAUCGUGCUGACCCGUCGGAGGUGGCGCGGGUAGCAAAGAAAAGCAUGAGGAAGGGUUUUCGGACCAUGGACACGAAUAUGCAGCUUCUAGCACCAGAUGACUGCUUUGAAGCUGCCACCAUUGACGGGACCAACACGAUACUUUUGAUUCCGCAGGCUGACUUAGAUGUUGAUGAGGGCCUUGUGGCAUCGGCGAAUGUAGUCGGGUACACAGCCAUCGCUGAAAAUGAACGGAAGAAGACACGUGUGAACUACUUGGCAUUUUCUUAG